AUGGGUGCAUGCCGGACUAUAUUCGUUUUAAUAGUGAUAUAUCUAAAUAUUGUUGCAUGUGAAUCUAAGCGGAGAAAGAUUUUGCAAACAAUUCGUGUCGACUAUUGUGAAACAUAUUGUAAAGGCAUUUGCAUCGAUAAAAUCAGCCAAAAGACGUGCGACAACGAGGAUCUUAACUUUAUUCUAACCAACGCAUAUCAAUUGAUUCUAAAUGACGGAUAUUUAGAGGUAAAAUGGAACAUUCCCGAUGCAAAUAUCACUGACCUCUCCCCAAUCAACAAGGAAAGCAAUGUGAAGUUAAAAGAAUUAAUUGUGUCAGAUACCAACCCUGGAAUACGUGCAGUGGAUUACCUUCGACAGCUUGGUGUUGAGAAAGUAUCUCGCUUCGAAAAGCAACUAAGCUCUUUUGAAGCAAUAGAAAGAAAUGUUCAUUACUUGCAUGGACCAAAAUCUAUAAUAUUAAAUGUUCGCAAUUCAAUAAGAAUGGAAGAAAUAAUCGACUACAUUAAACAGACAAUGGAUAAUAUAAAUAAGAUUAUAAUAAAUGCAAACGACGAAUCUGAAAAUCAAUAUCUAAGGAUUGGUGAUGGGGUUUUUAAAGGAAAGUCUAAAAUAACUUCACUAACAUUUACUGGAUUUAAAUUGGAAAACUUUACCACUGAAACUUUUGCUUUGUUGGUUAAUUUACGAAAGCUGGUGUUCUCCAAGUGUACAAUAAACUAUUUCACAUUUUUAAGUACUCUUCAAAACAGUCUGGAGCACUUGGUACUUGACAUUAACGACGAGGUGGAUAUAAAAUAUUUUAAAAAUUUUCCCAGGCUUAAAUUGAUAAAAGUCAGAUAUUACAUUCCACAUGAAGACUUCACCGGCUUAAUAUGCAAACAAAAUAUUUGUAACUUUACUCGUGGUAUUAAUGGUCUUAAGUGCCCCGAAGUAUGCGUUUGCCAGUAUUAUUACGAUGAAUUGGAACUGUCUAUAAACUGCAGCGAUAGAUUUCUCUCUGAAAUUCCACCUCUACCUAUUCCCAUUAUCGGAGGUGUAAAAUUAAUGUUUUCCAAUAACUCUCUAGCCCAGUUACCAAAUAUGUCUUCAGAUGGAUAUAAUAUGAUACAAAAACUUGAUGUUUCCAGGAACAUUUUAUCCAGCUUGAGCAUUAAUAAUCUCCCUAAGAAAUUAGACUAUCUUGAUAUUAGCUUUAACGACAUAAAUGAAAUGGACAACAAAAUAAUCAAUUUUAUAAAAAAUUUAGCCAUAUUUAAGCAGACAGGCAAUUAUUGGACUGUCUAUUGUAAUGAUGAACCGCUAUUACAAUUAUUUAAACAUCUGAAAUCGAUCAUUCGGAUGAAAGAGCUUGAGCUUCGACCUAUAUUUAUAAAGUUGUUACCCGAUUCACCUGAAGGGUUUAUUAAGUAUUUGGGUCAGCAUUUUUUAAGGCUUGGCGAAAGAAAGCAAAAGUACUUUUUAAUCAAUGAAGAUCAAUUGGUGUCAAGUAUGAUUCAGAAACUAGACGACAUGGAUAAAAUCAUGAGCAUUUAUAAUUAUAUGGAGUGGUUGCACAAAAAAUUACCAUCUGUUAACAAGGAACAUGAUCUUUUUUAUUAUCAUCAUAUGACAGCAGCCUGCCCCUAUAAAUGCGAUUGUUGUCAUAACCGCACUACCAAAAGCAUUAAAAUCGACUGCAGGAAUAAAUUUCUAUAUAGCUUUCCAGGUUUGGUUCCUAAAAAUGAUUCAAUGAUACCAAAGGAGAGUAUAUCCAACCAGUUAGAACUGCACUUAUCAAGAAAUAAUAUAUCCAAAGUAACCAUCGAUAUGCUCCAGAAGAACAUGAGAUAUCUGGACCUACGUAACAACAGUUUGGAGACCCUUGAUCAUGAGGUGAUUCAAUAUCUAAAACGGUUCAAAAAAUCCAUCGAUAUUAAGUUGUCAGGGAAUCCAUGGACUUGCGACUGUAAAUCAAGAUCGACCCUCUCUUUUCUGAGGGAUAACGAGCCGCUUGAAUACAAUCUUACUCUGAACCGUUGCAAUAUAUCUCGAGGGGAUUGUCCCGAUGCCUGUGUUUGUUGCUUGGAUAACUCAACCUGGUCUUCCUUUAUAGUUGAUUGCAGAGGAGAAAGACUCCUAAAUAUGCCCGUUCUGACCAACAAGGUUACCUAUGCAGACUUAAGGGACAACAAUAUAACUGAACUGACCCUAAUGAACCGCAAUUUUCUCGAGAAAAGGUCGCAGGCGUCUCCGUUGCAGCUCCUCAUGCUCGACAAUCCUUGGUCUUGUUCUUGCAAGGAUAUGGAAAAUAUAAAUUUUAUGAAAAGUAUAUCCUCCAACAUUAUCGAUUUUACGGAGCUAAAUUGCAGCAAUGGGGAGAAACUGGUCUCUAUAGAUCAGGAUAUUAUAUGCCCUUCUGGUUUUGCUUAUUAUGUGGCUCUCGCAAUCUCCCUAGCAGCCGUUAUCAUUGCCAUUAACUUUAUGAUAUGCUUCAGACAGCCGCUCCUGGUGUGGUUCUACGAACACGACGUGUGUUUGAGUCUGGCCGCCAGAAGAGAACUCGACGAGACCAAGAAGUUCGAUGCCUUCCUGGCCUUUACCCACAAGGACGAGGCGCUGGUGGAGGAGUUCGUGGAGAAGUUGGAACUCGGCAGACCCAGGUUCCGACUCUGUUUCUACCUAAGGGACUGGCUGGCGGGCGAAUCUAUUCCCGAUUGCAUCGGCAGGUCUGUCAGGGAUUCGCGGCGCAUCAUCAUCCUGAUGACCGACCACUUCAUGCAGUCCACCUGGGGUCGAUUGGAGUUCCGACUCGCCCUGCACGCCACCUCGAAGGAUCGGUGCAAGCGCCUGAUCGUCGUCCUUUAUCCGGAUGUAAAGAACUUCGACAGCCUGGAUAGCGAGCUGAGGGCCUACAUGGUGUUUAAUACCUAUCUGGAGAGAAGUCACCCGAACUUCUGGAACAAGCUGAUCUACUCGAUGCCUCAUACAAAGAUGUGA